CGCGCUGCCGCAGCUGAUGCUUGCGACCAGAAGACCGAGGAUGAGUACAUGUCGGAUGACUACGUACGACAGGUGUGGAUGGAUCUCUUCCCGAUUCCACUGGAGGGCGUCAAAAAGGAGCUGGCGAACUCUGUCGUGGUAUGUGUCACCGACCACGUUACUUCGGCCAAUGGGAAGAUGCUUGCCCUUACUGGAGAUGUGGACGAGCUCAAGAAACAGAUGCGCGAGCUCCGCGAUCAGCUCACCCUUGCCGAGCAGCGCCCCCAUCCACCGCUCGCCGUCCCGCAGGGAUCCGAGCGCGACGUCGACGCCACGGCUGUUGUCAUCAUGUGCCAAGCGGCGACCACUAAGCAGCUCGUGUGCGCGGCGCUCAAAGAGUGGCUCGGCGAGCUCCUAUUUCCUGAGUCGGACUACGACGUUUCCCCAGUGGGGCAGUCGCCCUGCAAGAAGUUCAUUCUCAAGUUCGGCGGCCUCGUCGCCGUUGCCUCGCGCAAGGCACUUCGUGUUCUUUCUCGUCUUCGUGUGGAUGGUUUGUGGAAGGAGUUCCACGUUGAAGUGCCCGGCGCCGCGCAGGCCCGCAUGCACCUCGGCCCCGACAGGAGCCCUCAUCAGAUCAAAACCGAAAUGCUGCUCCGCCGCUGUCGCUCCACCAUCGCCGAGGCCCACCCCGCCAUUCGUCUCUUCAGCGACCGCGACCGCGGCGCGUUCUCGGUCGGAUGGGACACGACCCUUCGUGUCGAGGUUGCUGCAGGCGCAGCUCCAGCUGCCAUCAUGCGGGGCCCAGCGGCACUGCAGAAGCGCAAGUUGUGCAAGAACAACCUCGUGCAGCUCACGCGUCGCCUCGUGGCGCCGCCA